AUGGAUUGGUUUGGGAAAGAUGAGAGGGAGAAGGCGGCGGCGGUUGAAUGCGGUUGGAGAACUGGACGACAUUUAUUGGUUUUUAUAAGCAUGGAGGAUAGAGGUCUCAUUUUUACAAACUCCCCACUGGAUCAGUCCGACGUGGAUAGCCGUCGGCAGCCAGAGCGCGGCGGCUCCGCCGCCUCCCCUCAGCCGCAUUUCUCAACUCCUUCUCACUUGCUUUGGGACACCACCAAUGUAAAAACACCUAGGCCAUACCCAAGAAAUCCUAACCCUAUCCCAAGUCUUACCUCUCCUUCCCCGCUCUUCUUCACCGCUUCCAAGAAGACGCCAUACUUAUCUUACUCCACCCCCACUUCUUCCACAUCUCACUCCAUCUUUCGGCGCCAUAAAUCAUCAGUUGCCAUCUCUUCAUCGCGUUCAAAAACGGCGCUCCGGCUAAAGGUUCUCGAGCUUGAGCAGUCCCGGUCUGCUCGUAAGGCGCUUAUCCGCCGUGAGAAGUCUUUGGAAAGAUGCUCGAGGUCCCUCACAGCCUGGAUUAACUUCCUGCUACAAAAUCCCAAGGACUGUGGCUGUAAGAUCGGACCCUGUGCGGAUGAUGGCCAGCCAUUGGGUUCGUUCUCAAAAGGAAAAGGAAAGCGCGAGAGCUUGGACGGUGGGAUUAUUGAAAUUGGAAGAAAUUGGAGAAGCCCAAAACGUCAGCGGGUGCAAACUGAUGCGGUGGUUGAUAUCAACUUGUCCAUGGUGAAGCAGGUGCCUUUUCUGAAGAAGUCGCUUGACAAGGUAUGCAGCUUUGAGGACAUGGUGGAGAGGAUGCUGUGUCACAUGAGCUCGAAAAGCUGCAAUGAAGUUCUGUUGAUGAUGACCCAGGUUUGCAAGAAUAUUGAUGAAGGGAGAUUGAAGAUGAAGUCACAUUGUCCUCUAGUUACUGAUCUUGCUAUCAGGGAGAGGGCAAUCAAAAUACUUCUGUGCUAUAACUCUUUGUGGCUCCAGAUAGGGUUGCAUAUUCUUUUUGGAGGCGACUCGCUGUUGGUUCAUGAUGGAGAUCAAGAUGAACACUUUCUCAAAGAAUUCAUUGAGAAACACUUCCUUACUCAUGCGGGUAUUGUUAGAACGCAUGCUUUGAAUAAGUUGGUUGGCGGCCUUUACAGGCCAGGUUACUAUGAAGCUUUAGGAAGUGUAAUUUUGAAAAGAUUCUUUUUACUUGUGAUUUCACUUGAUAAAUCAAAAUGUGAGAGCAGUCUUCCAAUUAAACAUGGAAUUGAUAGCAUUGAUGGGGGUUCUCCACUUUUAUUUGCUCGUCACUCUCCCAUUAAAUCAAGCCGCCAAAUUAUCCAUGAGUUCUUGGCCGAUUCAAUGCAUGGAGAAGGUGAUCUUCUUGCCCAUCUUGUAAUUUUGGGAUGUAAGGUUAAUCAUCAACAGUCCCCGUUCUGUGAAUUUGAAUUCAAAGUCAAAAAUAUAUUUGAAGAUCUUCAGGAUGGCAUAUUGCUGUGCAGAAUGGUUCAACUUUUACAAUGCAAUCAAACAAUUUUCUCAAAAUUAGUUUCACCUGAUACCCCAAAAAAGAAGCUGCAAAAUUGUAGUACAGCCAUGCAAUACCUCAAAGAUUCUGGAGUUCAUAUGCUGGAUUCAGAUGGUGUUAUGCUUACUGCAACAGAUAUUGCUAAUGGGGAUAAGGAGCUUACUUGUUCCAUCCUAUGGAACGUGUUUGUCCAAUUACAGGUACCGUUACUUAUCAACAGGACUACAUUGCUCAAGGAGAUUGUAAAGAUUAAGGGUUUUGAUGUGGAAUACUUGAAGUACAAUUCUAUCAAUGAAAUGAACCUGCUUCUUCAUUGGAUCCAGGCAAUUUGUGCUACACAAAAUAUAGAAGUCCAAAGUUUUUCUUCUCUGACUGAUGGAAGGGCUUUGAUCUGUUUGAUCAAAUCUUAUUUUGGAAAUGAUAUUCAUCAAUUACUUUUUGAAAAGGAAAAUGAGGAUGAAUACAAUGAUGAUAGGAUCAGGAAGCUUGAUUGCCUCUCUCCCACUCUUGUUGAUAUUGCUAUUGUCCAAAGUGUUACUACGAUGUUGGGAAAAUCUCCUGAGAUCUUGCAUUUGUGCGACAUAUUUGAUGAAGGUGCCUACUUUGAUGAAAGAAGUGCAGUGAUUCUUCUUGUUUUCCUCGCUUCUCGAUUGAUAACCAGUGAUAAAUUGGAUAUAGUGAAUUCAUUUAGAUUUCCACAGCAAGCCUGUCAGAGUCCACUGCGUGGAUGCUCAUCCAUUUCUCGGUUGUUCCAUUUACAAAGUGACCCUCAUAGACCUAAAAAUAAUUUGAAAGAAUUAUUUUGUCUGCAUAAUAAUGAAGGUUUUGACAGAUAUACAGUUAAAGGAAGUUCUGCAAGAGUUAUACAAACUCGAUUCAGAGGAUUUAUUGAAAGGAGAAAUUUUUUGAAGAUGAAGAUGUCUACAAUUCUCCUCCAAUCUGUUGUGAAGGCAUGGCUAACUGCCAGAUUUGAAACUUAUUCAGAAUAUGGCACACCGGCCUGUUCUGCUCUGCCUUCAACAAAUGGAAUAUAUGACAGAUAUCUCACGUUCUUCAAAGAGAGGCAUAGAUUUUGUAGAACAAGAAAAGCAGUCAUUCUAAUUCAACGAUUUGUGAGGGCGUGGUUUCGAAGGAAGCUCCAUACUGUGAAUUUUAUGAAGUCAGAAUUUAAUGCAACAGAAAUCCCUGGAGAAAUAAUUGUCUCAUGCUCCUGUUGCCACAAUAUUAGCCCUAGAGAUUUCACUGCGUUUGAAAAUAUUGAAAAACGAGCUACAAUGAGUGAAGGAAACAAAACUUUUGAGCUACAAUUGUGGGCAGCUACUAAGAUACAGGAAGUUUGGAAAAAUUUUGUGCCUUACAUGCACUCUAAGAGAAGCUCUGCUGCGAUAAAAAUUCAGUCUCGAUGGCGUUGCUGGUCAAACCGAAAAAAUUACCUUCGCCAACUUGAAGCAAUCCAAAUAAUUCAGUCAGCCUUCCUAUGUAUGAUGAAUCGGAAGGUGUUUCGACAGAAACACAUUGCUGCCAAUGAAAUUCAAAGAUUUAUUAGGGGGCAAAUUGCACGAACCAAGCUUUUAGGUGCUUCUAACCAUCAAUUCAGAAUGUUACAUCAAAGAUCUUAUGAUGUGAUUACUCACGGUUUUGUGAACAAUGUUGAGCUGAGAAUCGUUAUCGGUUCCGUUAUAAAACUGCAAAGAUGGUGGAAGCGAAUUUUGUUGCAUAAGUCCACGAUGCAUGCAGCAAUCUCAAUUCAAUCUUCUUUACGUGGUUGGAUUGCACGGAGUGCUGCUGCUAAGAGGAAGCAAAACAUUUGUAUAAUUCAGAGAUUAUGGAGAAAUAUCCUACUUAGUAGAAGAAAAAAGAGUUCUGUUAUUGUCAUACAAGCUUGUAUUCGUGGUUGGAUUACUGGCCUGGCUGUUGCUCACAAAAAAUAUUGUAUUCUCAAGAUCCAAAGAUGGUGGAGAAAUAUCUUAUUUCUAAGAACAAGAAAAGCAUCUGUAUUAACUAUUCAGGCUCAUGUACGUGGCUGGAUAGCUCGUCGAAAAGCUGCUCGAAACAAGCAUGGUAUUGUAUUAAUUCAAUCUUAUUGGAAGGGCUUUCUAAUAAGAAAACAGUCAAGGCCUCAGUUGCUUAACCUUCGACACAGAAUGAAACUGUCUGCUGCUAAUGUGAACGAUGAGAUGCGACUUAUUAAUAAAUUAGUCGUUGCACUUUCAGAGCUACUUGGCCACAAAAGUAUCAGUAAUAUUCGUCAUACUUGUUCAACUCUUGACAUUGCAACCGAACUCUCUCAAAAGUGCUGUGAAACACUAGUGGAUGCUGGCGCUAUUGACAUUUUACUAAGGCAAAUUCAGUUGCUAAACCGGGGUAUUCCAGAUCAAGAGGUUUUAAAGCAUGUUCUCUCCACUCUCAGAAAUAUUGUUCGCUAU